CACUCAGCUGGAGCGACCGCCAGAGGAGGAGCUAUUCUGUUAUUUCUGAGCACUACAACUGUAUUAUUGUAUUAUUUGUUGUGUCUGAGUGUCUGUGUGUGUUGUUUGUUGUUGUGUGUCUGUGUGUGUGCUUUUAUUUUAGGUUACACCUCACUUGCCGGAUUAUCUUCAGGUUAUACCAACCUUUCCGGAUCAUUCAGUGAUGGAGCGCCACACAUUUGAGAGGACACCCCACUAUGACUACACGGAUGACGAGAUCUAUGAGAUGACCGAGGCUAUAGACAUUAUUCUGGCAUUCCAGGAAGAAAACAGAGAACAGGGACUAAGGAUCACCCAAUACUAUGAUCAACUCAACAUGGAGGAUUGCGAGGACGAUGACGGGCCCAUCUACAUGAAAAUUGAUGAUGGCAUAUAUUUAGAAAGCGAUGAGGAAGAAGAGGAGAAGAAGGAAAACAAAGAAGAGGAGGAGGAAAAAGAGGAUGAAGAGGAGAAAAAAGAAGAGGAAGAGAAGGGAAAAAAGAAGAUAAAUGAAGAGGAGAAGGAAGACGAAGAAGAGAAGCCGGAUGAAGGGGACAAUGAAGAAAAAAAAGAAGAGAAGGAGGAAGAGAAGGACAGAAAGAAGAAAGAACAAGUGGAGAAGAAUGAAGGGCAGAAAGAAGCAGAGGAAGAGUGGGAUUCGGAAUGAAGACUGGCAGGAACAAUUCUCUAUUGAUAUUCUCUGCAGUAGGAACCUUAGGAAUGAAAGCUGGAAUAGUCCUGAGAC